AUGCAGCUGCGCUCCUACAUGAACGGCCACUCCAGGUGGGUGCUGUGCUGGGUGGGGGAUGGUGUGGGGCAGUGUGUGAGGGUCGGGUUCGGCGAGCCACAGUUCCCAUUCAGUGCGGAGAAGGGCUUUGUGCGGUCGCACCGCAUGCAGCGCAAGCGCUACAAGGGGCUCUCCAACCCACAGUGCAUCCACGGCGUGCAGUUCCUGCGCACGCCCGACCUCUCCUGCGUGCCCCCGCACGAGCGCCAGCGCUGGAUUGAUCUCACAGGCUCCUCCCUCCUCCCUCCCCCCUCCUCCCUCCUCCCUCCUCCCUCCUCCCUCCUCCCUCUCCUCUACCUUGCAUCUCUUCCCUCGCCUCUCCCCUUCAUCUCCCCCCUCCUCUCCUGCCCGUUCACCAUCUCUCACCUCGCCCCUCAGGCCGCGAGGCCGCUCUGGGCCCCUCAGGGACCAGGAGAGGGCCGAGGAGGGGGCUGGGUCCGAGACGGCAGGGAGGCGGAGCUGUUGCGAGGAGUGGAAAGGGGUGAAGCGCGGUUGGAGGAGAGGGGGAGGCGAGGGGGGGAAGGGGACGGAGCGGCGUCUAGGGGUGCGGGACUUGGUGUGUUUUCUGAUGGGCCCCCGACAACUACAUUGAGUCUAGCGGAUUCUGUGGGUGAAGGGAGGGAGGAGUGGAGGGGAGGAGGUGGGAGAGUGAGGGUGGAGGAGGAUGAGAGGGGGCUUGGAGGGCGGUCGAGUAAGAGGAGUCGGGGGGAGGAGGAGGAGGUAGAGGGGAAGGAGGAGGAGGAGGAGGAGGAGGAGGAGGAGGAGGAGGAGGAGGAGGAGGAGGAGGAGGAGGAGGAGGAGGAGGAGGAGGAGGAGGAGGAGGAGGUAGAGGGGAAGGAGGGGGAGGAAGGGAAGGAGGAGGAGGAAGAGGAGGGGCAAGGGUGUGACCUCUCCCCCAGGUGCUACGUCCCCCAGGUGUCAGGCCCUGUAACGUGUGCCAAGACACUUUACGAGGAUGCCACUUCAUUCCUUAUCCUCGUCAGCUUGCCAUUUGCUGACCUGUCCAAGCUCCGGGUGACGUGGCGCAACUCCCUCUCCCAUGGCAUUGUCAAGGUGCAAUGCGCCUCCUCCAUGCGCCAGCCGUCCUGCGCCUCCUCCAUGCGACAGCCGUCCCUAAUCCGCUGGGAUCGAGCCUUCCACCUCACCGACCCGCACCCAGAGCACUGCCCUCCAGGGGAGUUCGUGCGCGAGAUCGUGCUCCCCUCCAGGAUCCCCGACAGUGCUGACGUCAAGGCUUUCUUCUCCGAUAGCGGUGGAGGCGUGGAGAUUCUGGUGCCCAAGUUGGUGCCUGUGAGCCAGUACCACGAGCGGGAGGUGCGGGUGUUUCUCCCUCCCAAAGCGGCAAGCUGA